CGACAGCCUCUUUCUCUCUCUCUCUCUCUCUCUCGCCUCGUCUUCCAGUGUAGGCAAUUUGUGCCCCCCUUUUACGGUGCGCUCGCUCGCUCACUGGUGCACCGUGGUAUCGAGAGCGCCGCGCUCCCCUGUCAACGACCCGCCCAACAUCCUCUGACCGUGCCACACGGUCCCUUGAAAACAGACGACACUUUGCGCCGCGCCCGCGCGCGCAUCCGGCAACCAUGCCGAAAGCCGAGGUGGGAUCGACCAAGCACCUGUCCAACAAGCUCAAGAGCAAGGGGCUGCAGCGGCUACGAUGGUACUGCCAGGUGUGCGAGAAGCAGUGCCGCGAUGCCAACGGCUUCAAGAUGCACACGCAGUCUGAGAGCCACGUGCGACAGAUGCUCGUCGUCGGCGAAGACCCCAAGAAGUUCAUCAACGAGUACAGCAACCAGUUCCUGCGCGACUUCCUGCAGCUCCUCAAGACGGGCCACGGCGAGAAGCAGGUCCAGAUCAACCAGUUCUACCAGGAGUACAUUGCCAACAAGGAGCACAUCCACAUGAACGCCACCAAGUGGCCGUCCCUGACCGAGUUCGCCAAACACCUCGGUCGCGAGAGCAUCUGCCGUGUCGAAGAAAACGAAAAGGGCAUCUUCAUCUCCUGGAUAGACAACUCGCCCGAGGCGCUGCGGCGCCAGGAAGCCCUGCGCAAGAAGGAGGCUCAAGAUCAGGGCGACGAGCAGCUCGAGCAGCGCAUACUCAAGGAACAGAUUCGGCGCGCGCAGGCGCUCGCCGCGCAGAGGCAGAACGAGCAAGAAGAAGAUGAGGAGGCCCGAAAUCUGAAACGAAAAGACGGCGAGAAGAUCACAUUGUCGUUUGGCUCAAAACCAAAGACGGAGGCCUCGGAGGCGAAGCCCUCGGAGCCAACACCCGAGGUCGCCGCAUCUAGCGAAGUCGUUCAGGGUGGCGAGUCCGACAAGGCCCAAUCCAAACCUACAGGAUUCGGAGGGCUGUCCAUGAAGAUGGGCGGCAAGCCUCAAGUCAAGAAUGUCUUUGCGCAGGCGAAGAAGAAAAAUGCGCUCGCGGCUGGAGGACCGAAGAAGGAGAGCAAGAUUGAGGAGCCCAGGAAGAUGAGUGAGGCAGAGCGAAUCAUGAGGGAAGAAAUGGAAAGGAAAAAACGGCCACGGGAAUCGGAUGGGUUCAGCAUGCCUUUGGGGAAGAAGCAUCGAAGCAACUGAAGGCAUUUCUGUAGCAUAUCGGCGUUCUGGAGACGUUUUAUGAUUCCCUGGAUAAUGGAGAUACCACCAUAAUGACUACCACAUAAUGAACUGCGCCUAAACCCC